AUGUCGAGCCGGCGGAGGAGUAGGAGGUCGCCGCCGGCGGCCGCGGCGGAAGAGCAGGCGGCGACGACGGUGGCCGACGAGCUCGUGUCGAGGCUGCGGGCCCUCCUCCCUCCCGGGGCGUCGACGUCGUCGACGGCUCAGGUGCUGGACGAGACGGUAGCCUACAUCCGGAGGCUCCACGCCGAGGUCGACGGCCUCGCCGAGCGCCUCGCCCGGCUGAUGCCGGAGGACCACCAGCCGUACGGCGGCGCCGCCGAUGACGCGGCCCAGCUCAUCAUCCGCGCCUUGCUCAUGUGA